UUUUCCACGCAUCCACGUUGGAUAUCAAAAAGUCAAUCAAAAAAUAUUUAUUACCGAAUUUUCGGGACAAUCAAAGAUGAAGCAUCCGCUGCUACUCUUGCUCAUCGUCCAAGCUUCCAGAUGCUCAGACAUAAAAAUUAUUGGAAAUACGGGUGAUGCGAGUCUAGCAACUUGGAGAGACUGGGCACAAUGUCAGCCGGGGAAAUAUGUGCACGGGGUAGAGGAAAAAUACGAGACACCUAAAUUCAUUAUUAGAAAACAUCCGAAAAAAUAUCGGCCCACCUCUGCCGAGGAUAACAGUGGUAACAAUUCUAUUCGUCUGUAUUGUCAGGAGCUUUUAUUAGAAGAAGAUAACAAAUCGGAUCAAAUUCUCAGUGCAGAUGGGCCAUGGGGCAGCUGGAGCGGAAACACCACAUUUUGUCCACGUGGCGAGGCCAUAGUUGGGUUCGCCAUUAUGAAGCAUAUAUUCUACGGAGAUGACCGUGGUGUUGUCAACAUUGCAUGGUAUCAGCAGUCGCCAUAUGGUGUCAGGCACUAUGUGAAGGACUCGUUCAAGUUUCUUCUAGGACGGCACGCGAUUAACAAACCCAGCAGCUGGGAGAACAAUCUGUUUUGCUCGCCGGGCUAUGUGGCUUGUGGGUUUCGAGUGAAAAUUCAGAAGGCCCAAGGACCAGGAACAGACAAUAUCGGUUUGGAGAACUUGCAGCUUAAAUGUUGUGACAUUUGGAAUUGCACAAUUGGAUAUGGAUUCCGUCACCUUGGAGAGUGGGCUAACGAAGAUGAAAAGAAUUCAAAAUCCGAAACACAACACUUGACAGGAUAUUUCCGAACAAUCGGCUCUAUGAAAUAUGUAAACGACAAGGAAAAAUCUUUUGUGCUCAGCAGUAAUACAAAACUAAUACAAAACGAUUUUUUUUAUUUCAGAGUUUCACGAAAGUAUAGAUAAUUCUACGAUCGUCGAAGCAAUCAAUAGUAUUUUUCCGGGUAACAAGUACACUAGUGAGCAGUUGAAGGCAAUGGUGACGGACAGCAUGCUCUGGAACAAGUCUAUGCCUUUAAAAGUGAAAAUUCCCGCCCGAACUGAAAUACGCAGUGCUCAACUUUUGCUAAAAUGUGGUCAAUAUCAAGUGGGACUCAAUCUGACUAAAUCCCAAUCCAGACACUUGCCAAAGUACCCAAGAGGACCAGCUACACCGAGUUUUGGCGACGGGCCUGGAGCUACUACGCUGACUUUUAUGAUACUCUUUGGGCUUCUGGUUCUGUUUGCAAUUGUCGGUUGGGGAUUUGUAGCUUUUCAACGUUUUCAGAGAAAGUAGAAGGCGGUGGGGAGACAAUUUUAAAAUACGGUUCAAAAUACUUCAAAAAAAAGUUUAGAUUUAAUAGCCAACAUGUACAACGAUAUGUUUAUUCUCGGAAUUAUUUUGAAUAAAGUCCAAUCCACAUAGUUAACUAAUUUUCAUCAUGAAAAUAGAAAAAAGAAACGAAAAAUAAUGCAUUUCUGACUAUAAAAAAUGAUUCGUUGUCCUCUGCUCUUUCCGCUGCUCAUUGAGAAGAUGGGAUGCAUCGGAGAUCUGCAAAUCGGCGUCCAACGUAUCACUCAAUAUGGAAACUGGGGUGAAUGGGAGAUGUGUGAUACUGUAGGAAAGCAUCAUGCAAGUGCGAUGAAGAUAAAAUACGAUCCUGUCAGCCAGUUGAAUGGAGUUGCUUUCUACUGUCAGAAACAUUAUUCAAAUGUACCUGGAAAGCUUGACCCACAAUUUUGGAUGACAAGUCUUACAGGAGGAAUGGGUAAAUGGGAGAAGCCUAUGUUGGCAAUAUUCCUGUGAUUGGAUUUGCCCUCGGAUCAAGAUUACAGGAAAACUAUCGACUUUCUGAUUUUGCAGCCUAUUGUGGAACAGCGAGAGACACACGAAACCCACUUAGAAAUUGAAAAGACUAUCUAGGAAUUUCUCACAUAACAUUUAUUUCAGAGUAGAAUGAAAAAGUGCCAAGCUAGUCGCCUGAUCAGUUCUGUCCAGUUGGAUAUUUUGUGAACGGAAUACGUGUGAUGAAAAAACUGAAGAUUCGAUGAGUUCACCGUUGGGUAUUAUUAUGUUGCAAUGCAGUGAAGUUGACGUUUGGUAUCCAAAAUAUCCUCCUUAUGUUGAAUCUAGUCAAGCGGAAGUUUUGAAUUGCAUGUGGAGUGUCAUUUUCUUUAUCAAAUGGAUUUGAAUAAACGUUAUUGUCGCAUU